GCACUGGACGAAACAAUGAGACAGCAAGUGCUUUUGUUUUUCUUUGUGAUCUCUGCUGAAUUUGUCUUCGGGCAGGUCAGUUACUCUAUUCCUGAGGAAAUGGCGAUCGGAUCCUUCGUUGGUAACGUAGCACAGGAUUUAGGUUUAGAUCUUAAACGGUUGAAGACGGGAAAAGCUCGUUUGCACGUCGGAAACACCGCCGAGUACGUGGUGCUAAAUAAAGGAAACGGCCUCCUCCUCACGAAGGAGAGAAACGACAGGGAGGCGCUGUGCAGACACACCACUCCCUGUGCUUUACAUUUUCAAAUCAUUUUGGAAAAUCCGAUCGAGUUUUACCGCGUUACUGUGGAAAUAACGGAUAUAAACGACAAUGCUCCCUUUUUUAAGAUGGAUGAAAUGCUUUUUGAGAUCAGCGAGUCGGCUGUCGGAGGAGCGACAUUUGUGUUAGAAAAGGCAUUUGAUUCUGACGUCGGAAUGAACGGAUUAAAAAGCUAUUUGCUUUCUCCAACAGAUAAUUUUAUGCUGAAGCUGAGUGACAACGUUGAUGGAGAAAAAGAGGUGGAGAUGGUUUUAGAGAAGCCCCUCGAUCGUGAAAAACAAGAGCAAAUGACGCUCAUAUUAACGGCCGUGGACGGAGGGGAACCUCAGCUGUCAGGAACGGUGCGAAUUCGCAUCACUGUUUUAGAUGUAAAUGAUAACGCUCCAGUUUUUACACAAUCCGUUUACAAGGCAAGUCUAAUGGAAAACUCUUCAAAAGGAACACUGUUAUUGACUGUUAUUGCCACAGAUGUAGAUCAAGGCAUAAACGGGAUCGUUACAUAUUCUAUAUUGAGCAAAACGGAGGGAAAUUUAGAUUUGUUUGAAAUAAAUAACACAAAUGGGCAGGUUUACUUAACUGGCCAAAUAGAUUACGAAACUUCGAAACAUUACCAGUUACAAGUUAAAGCAAAAGAUCACGGAGGCCUCAGUGCCUCAUGUAAAAUUAUAUUUGAUAUUAUCGAUGUGAAUGACAAUAGUCCUGUUAUAGAUUUAAUGUCUACAACACAGUCAUUACCAGAGGAUUGUGCAUUUCACACAGUUGUUGCAGUCAUGGAUGUACAGGAUGCUGACUCUGAAAAUAAUGGUGUUGUUAAAUGUAUUUUGAGUUACAAUGAAGCUUUUACUCUUGAAAAUACAUCGAAUGGUUUCUACAGGGUCCUGACAAACAGUGAGUUAGACAGAGAGAGAUCCUCUGAGUAUAACAUCACAGUGACCUGCUCUGAUGAGGGAGUGCCCUCCCUCUCCAGCAGCGUCACUCUGACCUUACAGAUCUCAGAUGUGAAUGAUAACGUGCCUGUCUUUGACAAGAGCUCAUAUGAGGCCUACAUUGUAGAAAACAACACACCAGGCCUCUCUAUAUUCACAGUGAAAGCCACAGACGCUGACUGGAACCAGAACACGCGUGUUUCUUACAUACUGGAGGACUCCUCUGUUAACGGAGUGUCCGUCUCCUCAUAUGUGUCAGUUAGUGCUGAUAGUGGAGUCAUCCACGCAGUGCGCUCUUUGGACUACGAGCAGAUCAAGGACUUCCAGUUCCGCAUCAAAGCGCAGGAUGGAGGCUCCCCUCCACUCAGUAGUAACGUGACUGUGAAAAUAGUGAUCCAGGACCAGAACGAUAACGCCCCUCAGGUUCUGUACCCGGUCCAGACUGGAGGCUCUGUGGUGGCUGAGAUGGUUCCUCGUUCAGCAGAUGUGGGCUAUAUGGUGACUAAAGUGGUGGCUGUUGAUGUGGACUCUGGACAGAAUGCCUGGCUCUCCUAUAAACUGCAGAAAACCACAGACAGGGCGCUGUUUGAAGUGGGUUUACAGAAUGGAGAAAUAAGAACUAUCCGCCAAGUCACUGAUAAAGAUGCUGUCAAACAAAGACUGACUGUGUUCGUGGAGGACAACGGGCAGCCCUCUCGUUCAGCUACAGUCAUUGUUAACGUGGUGGUGGCAGACAGCUACCCUGAAGUGCUGUCAGAGUUCACUGACUUUACGCACGACAAGGAGUACAAUGACAACCUGACUUUUUACUUAGUGCUGGCUUUGGCUGUAGUUUCCUUUCUCUUCAUCACAUGUUUAGUGGUUAUUAUAUCAGUGAAAAUCUACAGAUGGCAACAGUCUCGCAUCCUGUAUCACUCCAGUCUCCCAGUGAUUCCAUAUUAUCCACCACGUUACUCAGACACUUUGGGGACAGGGACUCUGCCACACGUGUACAACUAUGAGGUGUGCAGGAUGACUGACUCCAGAAAGAGUGACUGUAAGUUCGGCACAGCUGGUAGUCAGAACGUGCUGAUAAUGGACCCCAGUUCUACAGGAACCAUGCAGGGGAUACAGAGUGAAAAGAACAUCCUGGAUGAACCAGACUCUCCUCCAGAGCAAAAACCCCCCAACAAUGCCUGGCUCUCCUAUAAACUGCAGAAAGCCACAGACAGGGCGCUGUUUGAAGUGGGUUUACAGAAUGGAGAAAUAAGAACUAUCCGCCAAGUCACUGAUAAAGAUGCUGUCAAACAAAGACUGACUGUGUUCGUGGAGGACAACGGGCAGCCCUCUCGUUCAGCUACAGUCAUUGUUAACGUGGCGGUGGCAGACAGCUACCCUGAAGUGCUGUCGGAGUUCAGUGACUUUACGCACGACAAGGAGUACAAUGACAACCUGACUUUUUACUUAGUGCUGGCUUUGGCUGUAGUUUCCUUUCUCUUCAUCACAUGCUUAGUGGUUAUUAUAUCAGUGAAAAUCUACAGAUGGAGACAGUCUCGCAUCCUGUAUCACUCCAGUCUCCCGGUGAUUCCAUAUUAUCCACCACGUUACUCAGACACUUUGGGGACAGGGACUCUGCCACACGUGUACAACUACGAGGUGUGCAGGACGACUGACUCCAGAAAGAGUGACUGUAAGUUCGGCACAGCUGGUAGUCAGAACGUGCUGAUAAUGGACACCAGUUCAACAGGAACCAUGCAGCGGAUACAGAGUGAAAAGAACAUCCUGGAUGAACCAGACUCUCCUCUAGAGCAAAAACCCCCCAACAAUGACUGGCGCUUCACACAGGGACAGAGACCCGGGCCGAGCGGUCCCAACAUGCAAUACGCUACACAUAUACGAUGGACGCCGAAGAGCGUGAAAAGGGCAACCGGAGGACCUGAGGUCGCCAUGGGAACCGGGCCCUGGCCCCAGCCCCCAACUGAAGCCGAGCAGCUUCAGGCCCUGAUGGCUGCAGCUAACGAAGUGAGCGAGGCUACUGCCACCCUAGGUCCAGGCACUAUGGGUCUGAGCACCCGCUACAGCCCUCAGUUCACCCUGCAGCACGUGCCUGACUACCGCCAGAACGUCUACAUCCCUGGCAGCACGGCUACCCUCACCUCCAACCCCCAGCAGCAGGCCACAGCCCAGCAGGCCACCCAGCAGGCUCUGCCCCCUCCCCAGGCUGCCGCCCAACCCGAGCCCCCCAAGGCCGCCCAGACCCCGGCCUCCAAGAAGAAGUCCACCAAGAAGGAGAAGAAGUAGAGAGGCACACCAGGCCUAAUCUGAUGAGAAAGUCAACUCCCCCAUACCCCCCCCCCCCAUUAUGUAUCUGAGUGGUCUGCUGUCACUCAUGCUAGCCACGGUUUAAACAUUGACACAGAAUCUCUCGUGAUCGCAUGACCGAUGUUGGCUUUCUCAAAGUGUGUCUUGAGGGCCUUGAAGAAUAACUUGUGCUGUGUUAAAGGUCAAGUAUUGCUAAUGUAAUCUUUCUCAGUAGAUAUUUUUGGCAGGGUAUAGGGUAUAGGGGGUUACUGUAUUAGUUUUUUUCUGCUUUGUAAAUCAGAUGAACUUGGAUUCAUUUCAGACAGAGAUUCAGUAUGAUGAACCUUGCUGGGAUUAAAUGACUCUACACAGUGAUGUAUUCACAGAUGAAAUGUUCUUGUCUUUCAUGUUGGAUUUAUUGUGCCCUUUCCUAAGGUGGAAAGUCAACUAUUGUAUAGAAUAUACACGUUGCCAUCCAUUAGAUUCUAAUAUAUGGUCGGCCUUGCAGGAUCUGAGUGUCCUGUGGAUAUUAGGCUGGUGUUCGACGGUUAUUACAAAGUCUUCUGCAUGCUCCUUAAGGCUCAAUCUACAUAGUUUAUAGAUGCAAAAUAUGCAUUGCAAAAGAAAGAGGACAACUUGAAUCGGUCCUCUCACAGGUCAAUAUAAUGCACAUGUAGCAUUUACUUGACGCAAAAUUUAAAUGACUUUUGUAAUCAUAGUUCAAAAGAGAAGAUUUUAAUGUCUGACCUGAGCAGGUAGACGAGGGGCUGGCAAAGGGUGGAGUAACAUCACAAUAUGAGCCAUGCGGUCCUUGCAGGUGGUUUAACACCAGGGACUGGCCUUUUGUACAACACCUCCAGAUGGGCAGUAAAGUCCUGCUGCUGCUGCUGCACCCUCUGCCAACUCCUCUACACCCCCAGCUUGUGUCUCCCCACCCCCCUCCCCCAAUUGGCUGCCCUACCUUGAGAGCCAGACAUUGAGAAAUGCACUGUUUGUAAUCUGAAGAUGAUUUAGGGGUAGAAAUCACUUUGUAUGGUAGGGAAAUGCAUAGAUGAAAUGAACUAAGUGCUUAGAAGUUUCUAGACACUUUGCGGGUCAGUCAGGCCUGAACAAAGUAUUUCCUCCCUCACUACCCUGAAGUGCUGAAGCAAUGUCUUGGGGUGUUUUUCUUUGGAUGAUAAGUCAGUAGUGUUGAAGAACUUGUGUGAGAGCAAAGAUUUUGCCAUGCCAAGACACAACUGCAUGAAAAGGAUGGCAGGCAAGGCCCGGGUGAGUGGAGAGGGUGGGGUGAAGGGCGGACACGCUGAGGUGGUGCCACUACAUUGACUAGAGGUUGGGGCAAUACCAGCUGAAUGUAUAGAUGAACCACUGUUGACCCGCCCGCCCCUGAACUUUAAUGCACUGACCCACGUAAAUGGAGCACAGAUGUUCCUGUUGGUGACAAGAUACCACUUAAAAAUAUUCAUAAAGGAAUGCUGACAGUGAAAACAUCCCUCCUUCACUAAAAAAAAACCCCAACUAUUCUUGUAAACUUGAGUCUGUCUGCCGCUUGCCCUUGUCCUGUGAAGCUCCUCCCCACUGUAAAUAAACACCAGUCCUGUGACGGUAUGAGCCACUUUGUUGCAUAGUAGGGACCGAGUUCAACAUUUUCAAAAUAAAAGUCCCUAUCCGCAAGGCGUGGCUUACUACUGGAAUGUGUUGCAUUUGUUUUUCAAUCAAGAAAUAAACAAACAAGAAAACCACAAUAAAAAAAUCUGAGAUGUUCUUCAGCAGUUUGUGUUACAAUGUAGUAUCUAAGCACCAUGAAAGCCAACUAACUCUUCAGUGUAAAUAAAUGAAUUAAAGAUAACUUUAGAUAAGUAAACCGCGUGACACACGUAGACUAGUUAACCUUGUGAUAUGUGUUGCGCAUAUUUUUGUGUUCAUUUUCUCUUUUAUCACCCUAUAAAGAAACAAAAAAUGGAAAUGUUUCUGUCCUUCGGUAACCUCUUAAUGUUCUUUUGCUGUGAUUUUAUCUUGUGCAUUUGUGAAAGAAUGCCUUCAUUCUCUUUCUGUCCAUAUGAAAAAAUUAUUAUAAAUAUUAUAUAUGUGUAAGUCCGUCUGCUGCUGAAUUAAUACUCUAUCCUGCUGUAUUAUCUUUCUUAUCAAAUGCUUAACCCCUCCCCAUGCUAUAUUCCUGUGUUAUUCUCUUAUUUUUAUGCUAAUAUUUAUAUUGCCGUUUUAUUUUCUCUUGAACACUUACAUUUCAAAUAAAAAGAUUGAAAUUUAA